AUGGGGCAAGCGCAUUCGAAGUAUGCGCCUUCGAUAGCGGUCAAACAGGUACAAGAUCCGGCUGCGUACAUAUAUCAAGGCAUUUGGACCGACUGGACCAAAGGAAGUGAUACUUGGGGCCUGACGUUGACUCUGCACCCCGACAAUGCGGUGUUGGUGACGAGUGCGCUUGCUGUCUUCGUCACACUGGCUGGUAGUCAACUCUGGACUAUCGUGCGCUUCACUCUCCAUCAGACUGGAUCAAGGCCGCAGCCUGUACCUUCAACGCCAAAUCACACCAAGCAGCAAGUUAUACUGAGGAACGCUCCGACAGACUUAGCGACGGCUCGUCUUAUGGCGUACGACGCUUGGAUAUCCCGUGGCAGGGGCAAAGGCCGCAAACUAUCGCCACGUGCUAUAUGGAUCUCCGUCGUGGCGAUCGUUCACGCACUUCUGUUCAUGGUAGCAGGCACCUUCUCGAAUUUAGCAAUAAGCACCGGCUCGCAAGUGGACGGAACUGCGGUCCUUUCACGAAGCAGUCACUGCGGCAUUUGGAAUGAGACCUACUUCGAUAUUGUUGCAGGUGGGAAUAAUCCGUCCAGCAGCGAAACCCUGGACCUGUCCACCAAAUAUAUCGCCAAGCAAGUAGCAAACGUGCAGCUGAGCGUUGAAUCUCGCAUUAACGCCAAACCACAAGACCGUCUUGACUAUCGACGAAUCACGACAUGUGCGGUUCUGAACGAUACAGAUCGCGUGCGGGAUUGGGACGGUGAAAUAGACGUGACCAGCGACGUCUUUGAGCGAAAGACUGCUCACGCAUACUAUGGCCCUUCGUCAUAUAAGCACACCGACUGGACGUAUGCAUACUCAAAUUUCGCGUCUCUGUACGAUAACUUCACUGUACAGGUGACCACACCUUAUCAAGUCGAUGCCGAAAUCUACUGGGCUCUGAGUGACCCCGCCUACAGCACCAGUGAUUUCGAGCCGAUCGAGGGGCUCCUUCAGAGCUCUGCGGACGUCAGUCUCUUCUUCUUGAGCUUUUCCGGUAUGUAUCUCGAAGCGAUAGACGAUCCGUGGUUUUCGGCAAAUCGCCUACACGAGGUCGAUAUACCUGUUCCUCUUAUGAGGAGAAGGUUUGCCAGGGAUGCUGCGAUCAGCACCAUGGGCUGUACGGAACAGCACCAAUUCUGUACUCACGAUAAGAUCUGCACACCCUUUGGCGGUUUCGAUCAAGUCCAGAAUCACCAACCAUUUGUCGAAGCCAUGACUGGCCACAGAAACGCCACCUUUGAUCGUAUGCUACGUGCGAUUGCUUUCAGCAGCAUGAAGGAAGUGGUGGAGAAACUCAGUGUCACCAAUUCGCCACUGCUUGCGGUCAACGAAAUCGCUACAGCGAAUACGGUUGUAUCUAUGCCCCUACCUGCAACACAGUGGCAGCGGGAACUGAUGUACUGGCACUCUAUUGCCAUGGCCCAGGUCCAGCGUAAUGUCGUGCAGUGGAGCUCUGGACAAAUCGCUCCCGAUCCACAAUUUCUCUUGCCUCCGCAGGAAGAGCAGGACAAGUGGUUUUGUCAAAAUCAGCUGAUACCCUCCACUGUCUACCAGUCUUUCAGUAUCAUGUCAAUCAUACUGAUAUUGAUCUUUGGGAUGUUGAUAAUAGUCGUCAGCCUCAACGUCGAGGCUCUAGCACGUCUUCUGAGACGCUGCCUGAGGCGAUCCGAACCGAGGAAGGACUGGGAUAACGAUGAUAUGCUCAAACUACCCGGCAAGUUUCGAGAUAGCUUUUGGAGACCGCGUCCACCUCCAAAAGACAAAAACAAGUCUCCCACUACGCCCACUACACCUACGUCUCGAUGGGGCCGGUCGCCGAGCGCACUGGCACCUCCGAGUACGGGCUUGUCAAACGACACCACUGCCGUCUCGUGGACUCGGUGUUCGUCGCCAACACUACCUCCCGCUGACCGAGUGAUUCCAGUCAUCACCAUCUCAACGGAGGCUUCGCAUGUUGACCAAAGUUCUUCGCCGUACUCAUCCCGCCGUCCACAUCGAGACUCCUGGAUGGCCAUCAGUCUGAAUGAACUUGAAGCGGCAACGCACUCGUCAAAUUCCCCAGCUCAAGCACAACCCGAAGAUCGCAAGAGGCUGUCAAGGACGCUUUAUGAGGUUUGCCAUUCGCCUUCCAUGCAGCGGCUGAAAAAUCCUCUCAAUUUCCACGUGCCUCGACCACGAGGCUCAUGGAUAUGA